AUGGCCACUCAAUCUCUCCUUGAGACAUUGCCAAAGGAUUUCCAUAAAAUGCCACCCAAUUACGAUUUCUCCAGCAAAGGAGUUAAUUGGAAAGAUUAUGAGAAGGACUUUAUCUUGAGAACAGAUGCAGUCUGGGAAAAGGAGUAAUUAAAGGAUUGGUUUAGAUUGUAUACAAAGUGUUUUUAUUUUGAUACUACAGCAAACAAAUACUCUUUGAUGGAACCUGAUGAUGUUUACACUAUAUUAUUCGAAGGAUGGGCACUUGAAGAUUGUCUCUUCCCAUUCAGAGGUACAACUCCAACUGGCAGAACGAAUUGUUUCCAAGUUGGAUUACCACCUAAACAAAAAGUGUAUGUGCCAUACCCAACAUAUCAAUCACAACAAGAUUAUUUCACCUUAUGUGCUCUUAGAUUUUAGAAGUGGUUCGAUUGCGAUUAAGCUGAACAUUUCAAAAUGGACAAAACCGAAGCAGAUUACCUUAAGAGAGCCAAAGCUUAUCCUUGUUAUGCAAUGUAUUACGAAGCUGCUUAUGCUUGCACUGAUGAUAUGUUUGAUUUCCUAAUGGAAUUGGCAUAUACUAGAAGAUCAAACAGAACAUUUGAAUAUAAUCACUUCCAACAUGAAAUGCGUAGACCUCCCACCAUUUAUGACUCUCCCAAAAAUGCAGAAAGAGUUAAAAAGACAUAUUGAUCUAUUAUUAAGAAAUAAUAACAACAAAACAAAAUUAUUAUGAA